GUUAUCCUGAACUGUGUCAAAGUUCCUCCAUGUUGUAGUCAACCUUCUUCAUAUCUGCGUUUGUCAAGGUCUUCUGUCUAACUUGUCCUCUAGGACAUACUCGUCCCAGGAUGGCGACGAAGUACAAACAGGAUAUGCCUCCUAGGUCGGGAUACGGACCUAUAGAAUGGGCUAAAAAGAUUCCAAAAAAAGGAAUGUCGGGGUUUGCCAUGUUUGGGGCCUUCCUUGGGGUGAAUGCAUUUACCUGGUCAUAUGCAUUCUUCAAAUUGCAAGAAGUAAAAAAGAUGAAUUUGGAAGUAACAGAAUCCAGGAUAGCGCUAGAACCAUUAAUUAUGGCAGAGAAGCACCGAAUGUUGAUGAAACAGUUUCGCAUGAUUCGUGACGAGGAGAACGAACUGAUGAAGGACUACCCUGGCUGGGAGACUGGUAAGCUGUUUGAUGAGCCCAUCUUCCACAACCCUCGGGGGAGGUUCAUUCUGCCGGGGUGGUACGAGUACUACAUUCAUAGCAGCUGGUGGGACCUCUACGACAGAGUAUAUGAGAAGCGUUACCAUUAACAGUGCAGUGUUCGUAGAAAUUGUCCUAGCUACGAGUAACGUGUGGUGUUCCGCUACGUUGUCUCUUGGAGUGUGAAUAUCAUAAUGAAUGAAGUAGAACAUCAAUGGACUGUGAGGUGUAAGCCACAGUGUAAGCUGGAAACAGUGUUUUCCUUUUUGUAAAAAAAAAAAUGUCUAUCCAUGCUUCACCUUGAAUUUAGCAGACUGAAUGUUUAUUAAUAACUAGAAAAUAAAAAUUGUGUGAUGUUAUAUCAA